AUGAUAAACAUUCGCGAAACGAAAUCUCUAAAUCAUGAAGAAAAAUUCGAACCAAGAAUCAGAACUCAAAAUAAUCACAUUGAGCCAAAAGGUGGACCUGUGAAAAAAUUAAUACGUCCAAGGUAUGCUUCUACUGAGUUAGGUAUCAGAGAACGUUUAUUCAUUGGUGUGAUAACGUCAAAAAAUACUAUUGACACUCUGGGAGUGGCUAUUAACAAAACCGUCCAUCAACAUGCAACAAAAAUUGUAUUUUUUAUGGAAGAAAAAGGUCAGACCCUACCUCCAGGGAUGUCCGUUGUGAGUUUUUCUGACAAAUAUCCACAUCUUGUGCCUAUCCAUGUAUUGAAGUAUGUUUCUGAACAUUAUCCAGAGACCUAUGAUUAUUAUCUAUUUGUGUCUGACCGUGCAUACAUCCGUGGAGAAAAGUUGGCAGAUCUCAUCAACCAUAUUAGUGUGAGUCAACAUGUUUAUAUGGGAUUCCCUCAAGCUUUAAAUGGAGCUAGUGGUAACUACUGCCCUCUUGAAGGAGGUGUCCUACUCUCUCAGUCUAUAUUGUCAAGGAUAUUAAAUGAAUUAGAUUGGUGUAACACUAAUUGUCACUCAUCAGAUCCUAGCUUAAAUCUGGGCAAAUGUAUUCAACAUUCUACUGAACUUAGUUGUCAAGAUCAUACUGGGGUACGUAUAAAAUACGAUAAUGAUUUUGAUUUUGAUGAUGAAAUCGCCAAGUUGAAAAUUAAAGAAGAAUUCAACAAUUCUAUUACAGUUUUUCCCAUGCCAGAUGACAUCAACCAUUACAAACUUCACAGAUAUUAUUGCCAGUAUGAACUAAAUCAAACUAGACAGGAAAUUGAGAAGACCAAGGAUAAUAUUAUGUAUAUGAGUCAGUUUGCCCCUGGUGGUCGAGAAAGUGUUAGUUGGCCUAUAGGUAAGAGUGUACCUGAGCCAUAUAAACCUAAAAGUAGAUUUGACGUCAUCCGCUGGGACUAUUUCACUGAGACACAUAUUUAUUUUAAAGAUGACUUUACAAAUCUGGUUGAACUGAAAGGAGAAGAUAAACUAGAUGUUCAAGAUGUGAUAAAGAUCUCAGUAGAUCGUCUGAACCAAAAAUACGGAAACAUCUAUCUAUAUUCUAAAUUAUUGAAUGGAUAUCGUCGGUUUGACCCUCAACGAGGAAUGGAGUACACCAUGGAUUUGAUACUACGGGAUAUAUCCCAUCAAAAUACUGAGGUAGAGAAGAGAGUUCAUCUGGUACGACCUUUAGGUCGUGUAGAAAUCGUUCCGAUGCCAUACGUCACUGAAAAUACCCGCGUCAACAUGGUGUUGCCAGUAACAGAAGAUGAAAUAGAUGGUGUUGCAAAUUUUCUAGAUGCUUACGCUAAAACUUGUUUGGAUUCAGGUGAAGAUACUUAUUUAUUAAUUGUGUUUAUUUAUAAACAUCAAGUCCAGGAUGGACCAGAUGACAUUUACAACGUAUUAAAAAGUUUAGUAGCAUAUUAUGAAAAGAAAUACCACAAUGGCGGAAAAAUCUCCUGGGUAAGCCUGCUACAUCAAGAGGCAUACAUAUCAGAUCUUUUUGUCAUGGACGAAGUCAUUGGUCGAUUUUCUACCAGUUCACUCAUGCUAUUGUGUAGUGUAGGUAUGGAACUGGCUUCAGACUACUUUAACCGAGUGCGUAUGAAUACAAUUGAAGGUUGGCAAGUAUUUUUUCCCAUUGGAUUUUGGCAAUACAAACCAAAUUUGAUUUACGAUAAAAAGCCUUACCCUAAUACCAUUGAUAUUAAUAGCCGAACAGGACACUAUGACCCAAAUUCUUACGAACAUAGUAGUUUCUAUGUUUCUGAUUUUAACGAAAUGCGUAAACAAAUUACAGCAGAGGAAGCGCAAGAAUACGACAUUUACGAUAUGUUUAUCAAAACUCAAAAACUUCAUGUUUUCCGAGCCAUCGAACCUGCCUUUAAACAUAGAUACAAGAGUUUCUCUUGUCCUUCAUCUGCUCCAUCAAAAAAAUUUCAACGCUGUUUGACCCGAAGGUCGUUAGGAUUAGCCAAUCGUGGACAGCUUGCUAAAUUAGUAUAUGAACACAUGGAAAAGUUAGGGGCUAAUUCACAAUCAGAUGCUGGUAGAAUUGAAAUCCUGAAAAAUAUUAAUUAG